AUGCCUCCCAGAUGCCCUCCGCGGAAUCCUCCCAGGCCAGCCGCUUCAUUCGACAAAGAUGAAGAGGAUAAUGAAAGCAUUCCCAGUUAUGAGAAUGAGGAACAGCCUUGUGCUACUGACGACGAUGAAAACUAUGUUCCCGGAUACAUUGAGGUGCUGCCUGAUGCUCCAGAUACGGACCAGGGAAACACGGACAGAGCGUCUGCAGGUUCCGUAGGGGAUCAUUAUGAGAAUAUGCCUGAGUCUCCAGCAUCUUCACGGCAUUCACUUGGAGAAUAUGUCAACGUGCUUGAACCAGAUCUCACCAUCCUCGACCUUUGUGCCGCCGGGAAGCUGCAAAUCCAGUCGGACCCCUCCCUGGUGACCGCUGCCGUUGGAGAGGACAUCUUGCUGAAGUGCAUUUUCACUGUGGACGAUGGGCCCGUGGACUUGAGCCGCCUCCUGAUCCAGUGGUUCCACCGCGGCAAGCAGCUCGUCGAGUUUGACAACGAGGUGACGGCGUUCCGGCCGGACGUCAGCCUGAGCCAGGAAGGGCUGGCGACCGGAAACGCUUCCCUGCUCCUCUCCCAAGUCGGCACCACGAAUUCGGGCAGCUACAGAUGCUACAUCUCAUACACUCCAGAAAUGCAAAUCCGGGAAGUCACUUUGCAAGUGGAGGACCCUUCGAAGACGUCUGAGGAUGACCGGGACGAUUCUGUUUCAUCGCUGCCGUGUCCCAAUCACUCAGAUGUCCUGAGCAAGUUGGAUCAGAUCACACAGGCUUUGGCGCGACUGGAGGCAAAGCUGGAGCAGUUCAUGAGCAGCAAGACUUUCAAAGGACACGAUUCUGAACUGCCGAGGCAGCAGCAGCAGCCAGGGGGUGGGCCAAAGGGGUGUGCCGGGGGAGGGCAGACGGCCGGAGGGGACGGGGCGGACGACGGCCAGCCGCUCUUGGGCCAGCAGACCGGCGCCGCCAUGGCAGUCCCUCCCCAGGUUCCCUCCAAGGAAGCCUAUCGGGCUGCCAUGGUGCUCUCUGGUGCAGGGGAUGCACUUGGCUAUCGCAAUCAGCGCUGGGAAUACUGCACCUCCGGGCCUCAGAUCCACCAGGAGCUCCAGGAAAUGGGAGGACUUGGCCAGGUUUGUGUUGCCCUCCCUGACUGGCCCGUCAGCGACGACACUGUGCUGCACCUUGCGACCGCCGAGGCCCUGGCCACUGGGAAAAAUGGAGAGCCUCUGUUCCAGGAACUGGCCAGCCGCUACGUUGAAGCCAUGAAGGAUAUGGAGGGGAGGAAGCCAGGACCCACAAGCAUUUUGGGAACGUCCCAGUUGCGUCCAGGGGAGCCAGGUGGAUACCGCAUUCCCUUCAACCCCGGUGCAACAGGUUGCGGUGCGGCCAUGAGGUCCAUGUGCAUUGGGCUGAGGUAUCCACAUCCUUCAGAUCUAACCACUUUGGUCCAAGUCAGUGUAGAAAGUGGAAGAAUGACACAUCACCAUCCCACAGGCUAUCUGGGGGCGCUGGCCUCUGCCCUCUUCACUGCCUAUGCUGUACAGGGCCUCCCCCUUGAACACUGGGGGUCAGAGUUGCUCAAAACACUGCCCCUCGCCUUAGAAUAUGUCCAGAAUGCUGCAGCAGAGAGUGAAUCGAAUGUAGGGUCUUGGGCCUAUUUCCAAGAGAAAUGGGAGUGGUACCUUUUGGAGCGGGGUCUUGCCAGCAGCCAGGGGCCUGCCCGCUUUCCUCCCGCCUAUGGUCCCGCCGAGCGAGAUGCCAUCUACAAAACGUUCAGCUUGGAUGGCUGGGCCGGGCGGAGCGGUCACGACGCCCCCAUGAUCGCCUACGAUGCGCUCCUGAGGGCCGGGGACAGCUGGGAGGAGCUGUGCAGCUGCGCCAUGUUCCACGGCGGAGACAGUGACUCCACCGGGGUGAUUGCGGCGAGCUGCUGGGGUCUCGCUCACGGAUUCCGGGGGGUCCCGGAGGGAAAUCACCGGGAGCUUGAAUACCGAGACAGGAUGGUGGCUGCGGCUGAUCGUCUCUAUGACCUCGCUUGGGGACAGAAACCUGUCUGA